AUGGAUGUUCUUCAAAAAAUUUCACAAGCCCUUCAAGAUAAAGACGUAGAGAUAAAUGACAAUGAAAAGAAAAUUAACGAACUUAUUGAUACCUUAGCAACUAACAAUGGUUUUACAAAAUAUCAAGAUAUGAAAAUUCAAAAUUUAAUGGAAUACUAUGGAAAUAUUCGAGCUCAAAUUAUCCAAUUAGAUGCAAAUAAGAUAAAAUUGGAUAAUAAAACAGAAAGGUUCCAAUCUAAAAUUAAAUCAAUCGAAAUUAAACUUAGUCACUUAACAGAAGAGCAUCAAAACUUAUAUUUUUACUAUGAAUCACUCCAAAAAGAGCUAAGUAAUCAAGUAAAUGAAAGGAAUGAACUUAAAAAUAGGCUUGAAAAAGAGAAAAAUGACAAAUUAAACAAUAUUAUAAUUCUCAAGGUUUCAUUGAAUGAUAGGCUUAACGAAAUUAAAGCAAAAACAGCUACAAUUGAAUCAAUUAAAAAUGAAACAAAAGCUAAUACUGAAACAGAGAUUAAAAAGCUUGAAAUGAAGUCAAAAACUGACACAAAACUUAUGAAUGAAAAGAUCAAAGAAUUAAAAGACGAAAACACUCAAUUGCAAAAAGAACUUAGGACUAAAUCUCAACAAAAAGACAUUGAUAUUAGAACUGAGUUAGCAGAUUUGUCCAAGAAAAAGAAAGAAGUAUCAAACGAAAUGAAAGAUUUGAUUGAAGAAUAUAAAUUACAAAUAAAAAUGUUUGAAAAUGAAAAAAAUGACAGAGAACGAAGAUAUCAAAGUCUGCAAAGCAAAUAUAGUCACAUCAGAAGCUUAAGUAAUAAUAAUGAACCUAACAGUCAUGAAGGAACAAAUGAGAUAUUCAGAGCAGAUAAAAUGAGCCAAAGAUUUAAAAAUGAGAUUCUAAGAAAUAAAGAAAAAUAUGAUCGAUGCAAACUGCUUCUGCAAGCACUAGAAGUUGAUCAUAAAAGUAUAAAAGAAAAAAUAAAUAUUGUUAUUAAACAAAAGACAGAAAAAGAAAAGCAAUGGUUCGAAGGAUCCAAAAAAGUUGAAGAAUUUGAAAAAUCUAUGAACGAAAAGAGAUCAAAAUGCGAAGAAAGAACUAAUAGAUUGAAGCAGAAGUUAAUUGAAGCAAAAUAUCUUCUAGAGAAUGGAGACCUGCAGAUACAAGAGCUAGAAUUUCAAAGGAAAAAGUUAAUCAUUGACUACAAAGAAGUCAAAAGGAGAUCGCAAAAAGUUGCCAAUCGUUUUUCAUUUCUUCAAAAUGAAGUAAAUGAAAUGACAGAAAAGAUUAAGAAGCAGAGAGUAGAGAACAUAAAUAAUGCUUUCAAAGCACCUCAAUCUAAGCAAAAAUCAGAGCAUAGCUUAGAUUUUGAUUCUAUUAUAAUGGAAUCAACCGAAAGCACCAAACAUUUAAGUGAAAUCGAAGAUUUAGAGUCAUUGAAUAGUAUAGGAACACUUCCUGAAAUGAAUAAUAUUGUUAAAGAGGCAAAAGAUGGUUUAGAUAAGUUUUUGCAAGAAUUAGAUGCUGAAAGGGAAAAAGUGAAUGCCAUGAAAUCUGAAGGAUCUGAAUAUUAUAAUCUAGUUGAAAAGAAUAAAGAACUUAAAGAGAAGUCUGAACAUUUCAAAGUGAUGAAUGAAGAAAUUAUUGAAAUGAGAAAAAGAAAGAACUUGUUAACUAGUGAUUCAGGAAAGAAACCUUUAUCUAAUAUAUAA